CACAUACACACACACCUGCUUCUUCCCAUCAGAUUAGCAGUGAGAACCGAGCCUGUGGUGCCUGGCACAUAAAUAACUCUGUGCCUCCACAGACCUGAAAUUCCUUUAUCUUCUUCAUCGUGAGCAACUCGAGAACAUUCCCAGCAUUUUCAGUGAUAAUCAGGGUUGACAAUGCUAUUUUGGAUGUUAUCCAGUAUAUUUUUUUUUUCGACUAAUACAGUAUAUGAGAAGAUAUAAAAGGCAGCAUACUGACAGUCGCCUCUUCACUGACGUAGCUGACGGCUCUUCCAUCGCCGGACCAGAGAGUUUGUCGUAGCAUCACAGUGUUAUGAAGAGUCUUAUGUACCUAGCAGCAGCGCUCGCUGUGUGUGUAGCUACGAAUCCUGGACACAUUGAGAACUUCUAUCAGACAGACAGCGGUGAUGACUUUGUCACAGUGGAGUGGGAUUUUGUGUUUGUGGAGGGCGAGGAUCCUCUCGUUAAGUAUUCCUGCAUCGUUGACAACAAUGAAAUACUGAACAUCUCCUGCCCUUCGAGUCACUGCUCCAUUACCAUUAACCACCUCGAAGCUUGUAAGGAACACGAGAUCGAACUCGUUCCUUACUUUUCCGAUAUGGCAAGUGUUAUAUAUCCAGGAGAGGCAGCUACCCUCGCUGCUUAUACGGAUGACAAACCUGUGGGCGCUCCCGGCAACCUGGUGGUCGUGUCUGAGGACUCAGGGACGACCCUGAAGUGGGACGAUCCAGCGGAGAAUGUAGAGUGUGUAGCUGCCUACAAGGUGUGCUCGAGACGUGAAGCAACAGAGGAGAGUGUGUGUCAGACGGUAACUGCCACGUCGGCCACCCUAACUUACCUUCAGGCCUGUGUGACCUACGAGGUCACUGUAAAACCUGUGAUGGUCUCUGGUAAGGAAGGACUCGCUGUAGAGACCAACGUCACCGAAGAUGGAGUUCCUGGGCCACCUACGGAUCUGGUUGCUGGCAACAUCACCGAUUCUUCCAUAGAACUCAGGUGGAACAACCCAGUUAUUAACCCCGCAUGUGUUCACCAUUACGUCAUUUCGAGUGGUCCAGUCGCUUUACAAACCAUUCAAGGUUCUCGCCGUGCCUCUGAAGACUUCGAGAACUACGCUGCUAUGACUCACCUUGAAGCCAGAACCACUUACCAGUUUGAUAUCGUCUCUGUUAGCAAGUCUGAUGAAUUUAGCACUUCAGCAACGGUGUAUGCCACUACUAAAGGGCCAAGCCACGUCAACAACUUCCAGCAGACAGGCAGUGGUUACACUGAGGUCACACUGGAGUGGGACUAUGUUGAAGGCUACCCAGCGUACCCACUGGUCAAGUAUACCCUCGUCACUAACAAACUCGUACAAGCUGACUUCAACUGCUUUACAAGACAUUGCUCCUACACUGUCGACGGUCUCGAAGCUUGUACAGAAUACACGUUUGAUCUCAUUCCAUUCUUCAAGGAUCCGACCAAUGACAGCACAUUUCAAGGAGCCAUCGUGUCGACCAUUGCUUACACGAACGAUACAGCUGUCAGCGCACCGAGCAACCUUGUGAUCGUGUCAGAGGACGACUUCGGAACGACGCUGCAAUGGGACGCUUCAGCUGGAGACUGUGUAGCAUCCUAUAAAGUGUGUUCAAGGCUUGAUGGUUCCCAGGAGACUGUAUGUCAGACGGUAAAUGGAACGUCUACCACAAUUGCUACCAUGCAGGGCUGUGGCACAUACCAAGUGAGAGUGUCACCCGUGACGCACACUGGUAACGAGGGACCUGCCUUAGAGGAGACGAUCACUCCGAAGAACGUAGCUCCCGGGCCACCUAUGGAUUUGGUUGCUGACAACUUUACAGACACCACUGUAGUCAUCAUGUGGAACAACCCAGAUGUAAACUCCCUCUGUCUUAGAGAGUACUCCAUCACGUACGGCCAAGUCAUGGACAGGGUCAGUCGCUCCCACGGUGCUCAGGGAGACUACGACAACUAUGCCACUAUAGGUCCACUCGAGCCUAACACCAUAUACAUAAUAGAAAUCAUCUCCAUUGGCCAGUUUGGCCAAAACAGCGCUCCAGCCACUUUGUAUGUUAUUACUAAAGAAGCAGGCCGCAUCGUAGACUUCCAGCAGACAGACAGCGGUGAUGGUUCAGUCACACUGGAGUGGGACACCGCGAAGGGCGUCGACACAAUUCAGAAGUACACAAUCAUUACUGACAGUGAUUUUGCAACGGACAUCCGCUGCCCUUUGAGUCACUGCUCUAUUACCAUCGACUACCUGGAGGCUUGUAAGGAGCACGAGUUUGACCUCAUUCCUUUCUUUAAGAGUUCGACGAAUGGCAGCAUAAUACAAGGAGACGUUGCUACUACCACUGGUUAUACGAAUGAUAAACCUGUAAGUGCUCCCAGGAACCUGGUGGUGGUGUCAGGCGACGACUUCGGGACGACCCUGCAAUGGGAGGCUCCCGCUGAGUACCCAGACUGUGUAAAGUUAUACAAGGUGUGUUCAAGUCUCGAGAGAACCCAGGACUCCGUGUGCCAGACGGUAAAUGGGACAUCCAUGAAGGUCGCUUCCAUGCACAACCUGUGGCACAUACCAAGUGAUUGUGACACCCGUGACGUCCUCUGGUAACGAAGGACCUGCCUUAGAGGAGACGAUCACCAUCAGCACUGAUAUAGUGACUUGCUCCCCGUUGUGACUCUUGGAUGCUCAGUCAUCAUCAGCAGCAGCAGCAGCAGCUACGACUUCAUCCACGCGACCACCAUCUUCGACGUCUAGCUCAGUCCAUGAAUAAGUUGGUGAUAACUGAAGUUCAUGCAGAAGCAAGUUCAGCUGUCCGUCAAGCCGUCCAUGACCAGACUUAGUGUCUCAGGGAAUAAGAUGUUAUAGUUAUCGAUGAGGACAAAGUGGCUGAAAAUACUAAUGCUGACUGAUCAUUAUUUGGCAGCUUCCAUCACCAGAGUGGAGUCCUGUACAUGAUAUCAGUUGCGAGUCCUUGCCAUAACAUCGACAGAAAAAUGUAGAUUUCUGAAGCGAAGCUUUGAGAGGACCUCGAAUCCUACCCCUCUAAGUACCUCAAUAGUUUAUCAGAAGGACAUAACCACCUCCUCCAUUAUUGAGGAAUGGAUCAGGCUGGCAUCUACCAGCAACUGCGUCACUGAGUACUUGCUCUCCUGGGAAAGUGCCAUCAAUAGUGUGUUCCUAGACAAAUACCGACACUACUAUUUCCAAGACAAAUGUCAAUAUUGAUGGUGUGAAAUAAUAUUAGGUCUCUAUCAGUUUUUCUACAAGAUCCACAUUGUUCUUAAUCUCAACAUCUACUCCGUGAGAAUUCUUUACUCACCAACAUCAACUGAACACUCACAUCUGUGAUUAAUGCACAUCUCACAAUCCCCCGCGUCUAUGGUUGACUUGCUGUGCAGAUUGGAAAGUUUUCCCUUACUUCAGAUAAAAAAAAAUAUUUUAUUUACCAAUGAAUAA